AUGAUCAACCCCCAAGACAGAUUCUGGUCCGACAGCGGGGGCUAUGACCCCCCGAUGGACAACCCUGCUUCAAAAUGUUUUCUCAAUGUCUGGGAUUGGGAUCAACUGCGGAUGAUCAAGGUCAGAGGCACUGUCAAGCUGUUUCCGCCGGACGGGAAUGUCGAGCUCUCGGUUUUGGCGCCAUUGGCUGAUUAUCUAUCGCCGGAAGUUCGUGCAAUCACAGUCGACGACGACGGGCUCCUUACUGAGAUUUCGACGGAUCCAGAGGAGGACGAUACUAUGUUCAUUGCAUAUCCCCCCUUCUCACUCUGCGACUCGCUUGCCAAUUGCCAUACAGUCCAGUACUCUGAACUUCAAGAGCUCGAUCGACUUGGACCAUUUAUUGAUCUUGUGUCGUAUGAAGACGAGUCCGGGAUUUCUCAAAAGGUUGUUUUUAAGUUCAAUGUCUUGAAUAAACCUUUGAGACUACAAAUGGCCUGGGAUGAGCUCAACAUUCUCAAAAGUUUACCACCACAUUCUAAUAUGGUACCAUUUGAUAGCGUUGUCCUUGAUGAGUCUCGAGUGAUCGGUUUCACGACGAAGUACAUCCAAAGUGGUACUCUCGCCAAUCCAAAGCUCCUUUUUCGAUUUGAGUGGCUGCAACAGCUUACCCAACUCGUGGAUUUUCUCAAUCUAGAAUAUGGGAUCAUGCAUCAAGAUAUUGCACCCCGAAAUCUGCUCAUUGACCCUCGCACGCAUAAGAUUCUUCUGUUCGACUUCGAUCGGGCGGCAUGCGGAGAGAAGAACCUGCGCGACGGCCGAGAUGACGUUAGUAGUGUCGUGUUCACAAUAUACGAGCUUAUUACGAAUGAUACGUCCUUUUCUAGUAUCCCCCACUGGGAGCGAAAUAUGAAUAUGGUGCAAGGUAUCCUAGAGUGGACUAGUCAUCGCGAGCUGGACUCUGCGGUAUCGAGAUUCCGCAACUUUCUCAAUGAAUGGGUAGCGAAACGAAGAUCCGACGUGGAUGGGGACAUGAAACGAUAUCUGAAUGCACCAAACCGACUUGCGUUGCCGGACAGACCAACAGCGCCCGAAUAUCGUGUACCAUAUGACUCGGGCACAAUAGCUGGACAGCCAACGUGGGUAACGGGCUAUCGGUAUAGAAGGGAUGCAAUGAAGUUAGGGCAGCAUUGCUUUCGUUGGGAGAGGCCACCGCAGAGCCGCUUGUUGAAAAAGACUGAACAUAAUGUCAAAUAG